AUGGCCGACCAGACAUUUGUAAUGGCCGCCACCAUCACCCGAAGCGAAGUAAACGCGGCCGGAGCUACCGAAACUUCAGUCACAACCCAACCUUCCCCGUCCCUUUAUCCGCAGCCAUUGACGACGCACCAUCCGAGCAUGGUGCCCGUUUCCAGGCAGGCUAAGAUAGCGCAGCCAAAGGAGCGUUCAGAUGCUGUCGAUAAUCCCACCCGGCCUCAAUCGCCGCCACCACCACCACCUCCUCCUCCGCUUCCCCGUCUCCCCGUUACCGCUCACACACCAACCGAGACGACUAUCAUAAACAAAAGCAGGCCAACGCACAACCGCAACCGCAACCGCGCCCGCACCCCGCCUCCCCCCCCGCCAUCCACCGCCCCUCUAACGCCCGAAACGCUCCACUUCCUCCUCGACACCUUCGACAACGCCCUCUCACACACGCACUACGCCGUCUGCGGCCACGCUGCCCUCAUGGUCUGGGGCUAUCGCAGCCGCCCUACUAAUAAUACUAUGCCCUCCCACGUGAGCAUCGUCUGCCCGGCCGAGGACAAGCAGGUCAUCCUGUCGUGGGCGAGGGCGGCCGGGUGGUAUGUUUAUCCCAAGCAGGAAGAAGAAGAAGAAGAAGAAGAAGAAGAAGAAGAAGAAGAAGAAGAAGAAGAAGAAGAAGAAGAAGAAGAAGAAGAAGAAGCCCCGGGAGGAGGAGGACGAGGCGGGAACGGGCGCGGGAGCGGCGGGGAGAUGAUAGGUGUUCCUGUCCCCGGGUCUGGUGCUGCUACCACCACCACCGCCGCCGCCACGAGUGAGACGGUUGUGGCCUUUAAGCUGAGGACGGUCGAGAAUCCGCAGGUGUGGGCUCGCUUGGGAAGGGUCAGGCCGCUUGUUCAUGUUGCGCUGAAGCAGCCGCCGCCGUGUCCGUAUGUCGGGUCGCUGUGCGAGGUGAUGCCGAGUGCGGCGCAGGUUAUGGACGUGCCGACGCUGUUGGAUCAGUUCGCGCGGGCGUGGUACUUGUGCAUUGUAAAAGGGGGUGAGAUGGAGGGUCAAGGUAGUCGUGGUCGUGGUCAGCAGGAGCGGUAUAUUGCUCGGCUGAUCCUGUGGCUCUUGCAGUGGCUGGCCGAGGAUGCUGGAGACUGCAGCACGGCUGAAGGAAGGUGGAGGUUGACGGCCCAGAAUGUGCCCUGUGUGGUGUAUGGGAAGUUCCGGAACGCUUUUGCGAGGAGGUAUCCUAAGGCUGGAGAGCUGCUCGAGGCCUGCGGGCUGCCAACUUCGGCUCACGUUGUUGCGCAUGAGGAGACUAACGGCGCUGAUCCAACAGUCAGGCUCUGUGUCUUCGAUCCGGACGCGUACAGAAUGCGCGUCGCGCGUGGCGAGGGCAGAUCUCGGUCGGCUGAUGAGCCUACCGUUUCACGCCCAGACACGCUCACACGCGCGUACCAGGAUUUGGAGUUUGAACUGUUCAGCUUUAUCUGAAGAUUGAGCACACAGACUGAAACUGAGCAGGUCAACAAAGCUUGUUUCACUGUCCACCCUAUCUAGAUAUCAUUGAUACAAAAAUAUACUCCCUUUCUGUAGAGAGAAUCAAGAUGGUGAUAUUACUUUGAACUCUGCUACAAAGAGAGAACCCGUAGUAUUUUCUACCUUACAGAGCUUCACACUUGCCAUAAGAGGGAGGGACAUGUAAACUUACUCCUAACCUGACCCUGGCCUUGUACGGGGCUCAAGCAUCCGCCGCCUUACAGUAAUAGAGUACAAUCAGGGCAUUCUUCCCGUUACAAGGUGCUGUGGGUAGUCUAGA